AUGAACAUUUUAGACUGUCAGAUUCUCUCUCUGGGGCAUCAGUACAGAUUGAAAAACUGGAAUCCUGAUGCAGUGGAAACAAGUAUAACAAGUGUGGCUUUUGUUCCGCUAAACACGGAAGGUGGAGGAGAAUUUGGUGUGCUUCUCUACUUCAAAGGAGAUUUGUUGGUAUUAACAACCCGUGCCGAAAUGAAGUGGAAGCUGCUUGAGAACGUCCCAAGGAAAUCAUGCAUGAGUUUAGCCACUUUUAGAGGCAGGUUUUAUGCAUCCUUUUUUUACGGAAGAACUGUGGUUAUCGAUCCUUAUUCCCUGGACGUGACUCUCCUGAUUCACUCGGAGCUUGAAGGGUUUUACAAACAUUUGGUUCCAUCUGGUAAUGAUGAACUUUUCCUGGUUGAUGAAUUACUUACUAUACCGGCCGCAUGUAGAGUGAGUAGGCUAGAUGAAGAGAAUGGGAAAUGGGUCGAGGUCACGGAUGUGGGAGGUCGUGUGUUGUUUAUUGAUCAAGAGUUGGGAAAUGUCUGCUGCUCGGCGAAAGAGCUUCCUGAUUGUUGUGGUCUGAGCGGGAACUCAAUUGUUAUCACCGGUGAGCCAGAGAAUGUAGCAAACACCUUUAAAUAUGAAGGAAUUGAGGAAUACGAGCUUAAGUUUUGGACAGUAUCAAGAGAGAGACGUGUGACAGUCCUCAGCACAUCUCCGGCGGUGGCUCUCCGGGUUGAGCUUGGACAUUGCCUGGCUUCGUUUUUAGGUAAAGACAAUUGA